AUGAUUUUUGAUCUCGGAAAGUCGAUCAAUUCAACAUUACAGAAUUUAUUUGGGAGGGAUGUAACAGAUCAGGCGAUAGACGCUGCCAUAAAAGAUAUAGUAAGGCAGCUUAUACAAAAUAAUGUGGGUACUAAGUGUGUAACGCAGCUCAAGAUUAAUUUAGACAACAAGAUAAAAAAUGAGAAAUUUAAGCCAGGUAUAAACAAGGCAAAAUGGGUAUACAACGCCAUAUUUGACGAACUGGUAAAUCUUGUCGAUCCGAAGUGUGAGCCUUACAAAGUCAAACGGGGAAGAUCACAGGUUAUCAUGUUGGUUGGGUUGCAGGGCGCAGGUAAGACAACCACUGUGUGUAAAUAUGCGAAUUUUUAUAAAAAGAAAGGAUAUAAAGCGGGUAUAGUGUGCGCAGAUACAUUUCGAGCGGGUGCAUUUGACCAAAUAAAGCAGAAUGCGUUGAAGAUUAAUGUUCCGUAUUUUGGCAGCUCCGACCCAGAUCCGGUAAAGGUUGCUUUAGAGGGUGUCGAAAAGUUCAAGAAGGAUAAGUUUGAGGUUAUUUUGGUUGAUACGAGCGGCAGACACACGCAGGAGAAUGAUCUGUUUAACGAAAUGGAGGAGAUUGUAAACGCUAUAGCGCCUGACAACAUUGUUUUUGUCAUGGAUGCUGGGAUCGGACAAAGUGCCGAGCAUCAGGCUAUGGGAUUCAAAGAAAAGGUAAAUUUGGGUAGCAUUAUUCUGACAAAAGUGGAUGGUGCUGAAAAGGCGGGCGGUGCCAUUUCUUCAGUCGCGAUAACCAAGUGUCCGAUCGAGUUUAUCGGUAGUGGCGAGGGAAUGGAUGAUUUGGAUGUGUUCAGUCCAAAGCGAUUUAUAAAUAAGAUUUUGGGAAAGGGAGACCUGGAGGGACUGGCCGAGAAGAUAAAAGACCUCAAGAUAGACGAGAAAGAGAUUGUGAACAAGAUUAGAAGUGGGAAAUACACGCUUAAAGAUUUCAAUCUGCAACUGCAGCAGUUGAUGUCGCUUGGUCCCCUGAGCAAAGUUAUGGAAAUGAUACCUGGAAUGGGGAAUUUCCCCAUGUCUGAUGAGGGAGUUCUCAGAAAGAUGGUGUGCAUUUUUGAUUCUAUGACAGAAAAGGAGCUGGGCUCUGAUGGUGAAAUUUUGAAAAGAGAACCUACCAGAGUUACAAGAAUCGCGAGAGGAAGUGGGACUAGACCAGAAUUGGUACUUCAGCUGGUGGCGCAAUUUGAAAUGAUGGCCAAUUUGAUGAAGAAACUGGGUAAUAAUCAAGGUUUUAUGAAUCUUUUGAACGCAGAUACGUCCAAAAUGAGCGCAAGUGAGAAGGCAAAGCUCAAGCAGCAAGCAACCGGCUUUUUGCCGAAGAAUGUGAUUAACCAGAUGGAAGACUACUUUAAAUAA